UAGAAGUACCAAUGGAUUCCUCUGGUCAAGAUAAGGUCCUUAUCCAGCCAGACACUAAAGCAGAAUAUUACUAAAAUUUUCAUUAUAGCAUACAUUUUUCAGUGAAUCAGUGUAGUUUCCUGUUAUUGUUAUAAUCCACUCUAUAAUAUGCAUACAGCAAGUUUAUCAUGAAGUUGGGUAUUAGUUAUCUGUUUAUACUUCUUAUCUGGCAAUCAAAAAAACAAUGCACGUAUAAUUAAUUAGCUAGUAGCAACUGAAACCUGCCAUUUAAUAUCUUUAGGAAUGGUGCUUUGUCUAUAUUUAAAGUUUCUAUUUGGAAAAUUAAGGUCUAUCACUAUAAAUGAACAGUGCAAUUUUUAUCAGGCAACAAUGAUUUAAGCAUGAUUCAAUGAUUCCAUGUAGUUUUUGACAGUUUUAGUGUGCUGUUUAUGUUGUAUGCAGCUUCAAUUGAUCAAUAUAUAUGGUAAGCAUAUACAUACAUGCAUGUAAACUCUGCUUCCAGGUACUUAUCAAGAGCUCUCAAACGAGUACUUCACUCUAGAAGAAACCCUUGAUGGAGUCAUCACUUAAAAAAAGAACUAACAUCUGCUGCUAGUCAAUUAAGACGUAGAAGAGAAUGGAAUAAUAUUAUAUUCUGAGCAAAUUCACCAUCAUAUUAAAAGUUUGUGUUUGGAGGAAUGUGUGUUUUGUAUUGACAAUUUUUAUAUUGAAAGUACUUCCAGUAUCAUCUAGUAGUUAGCAGUAGCUGUUCCUCCUAAAGCUCUAUAACAAUGAUUUAUAAACCUAUCCUAAGUGGUGAAAGGCUGCCUAUACUUGUCUUGAUAGUGUCUGGUAUACUAACAGUCUCUCACUGUCAAGAAGAUAUUCUACAAGAUAUUGUCACUAAUGUCAGUAUUAGAGCAUCAUUGUUUGCAAGAUCAACGACAGAUUGUAGUGAGUUUAUCAGUCUCAGUAACUACAAUAGUACAUGUGAAUCAGAAGUUCCAUAUGACAAUGUCACUGAUCUAUCAGUAGUGGUGCAUUUUGACUGGAAUCCUUACUUACCAUUAGAAGCACGUUGUUACUGUUCAGCAGCAUUACUGAGCCUUCUCAUACCUGAACCAAUUACAUCAGUACUAACCUCCUAUCCAUGUGCUGAUAAUGAGAAUGCUACCAUUUAUUGCUCUAAGCCUUGCAUUCAUGAAUUACAAAAUGAAGUAUCUUGUGAUGAUAAUGAAAAUUGUAAAGAUCUGGCAUGUUUUAUGUAUGGAAAGAUGCCAUAUAUCUUAUCAAAUCAAAGGCAGCUCUAUAUUCUUGUAACUGGCAUCAACUGUGAUACUAUAGGGGGACAUGCACUUGAUUUAUGUCGAGCAGUACUAUUUGCAAGUUCAUCAUCAACAAUUGAGCCCACUCCUACUGCUACUAAAACUUUUACUGAGGAGGAUAUUGGUGCUGUUUUUAUAUUUUCUAUCAUAUUUGUUGGAAUAUUUCUUACUUGUAUCUGCACAAUUGCUGCUGUAUUGAUAGGAACAUGUUUUUUGAGGAGACGGGAAAAUGCUAUAUCUCAGAAAUCAAAGUCUGUGAACUUUGAUAUUGGUUCACAUAAUAGAGUUACUAUGAUUCUUCAAGAGAAUAAUAUGCCAGUUAACAGUCAACCCUCAAGCAUGGAAUCAUUAAUUGAAUAUUUAGUACCAGCCUCACAAAUUGAAGUACUAGAGGUCACAGGGCAAGGUCAGCUAUAUAGAUAA